AUGAUUGGACCGCGCGAACGACGUUUGCCGAUUAUCUCUUUUGCUGGGUGGUAUGAAGGACAGACGUGGAGCGAAUUCUUGGGGGAAAUCCUCAGCAUAAUGCUGGGACAACUUGCCAGAAAUAUCAGCGCAGGUUAUGAGGACCAAGAAGUCUUUGUAGUUGGAUUUUAUGAGCGAUGUAUCUAUAUUGCUCGGGGACUUUUUGGAAAAGAGUUGAUUUCACGGGUAAAUGUGAAGGGCUGUACAGAAGAUGACACGGUUGAAUUACAGUUCACACGUGGCUACGAUUUGUCCUUGCGAGAAGACUGGUUUGAAGCUAUAUCCGCAUUGGCAAAGCUGCUUCAGUAUCUCUUAAGCGGGAACGCAAAGAUGAGUGCUUUGAAGGCCUAUUUACAUAAGGCUGCCGAUCCAGUGGAGUGUCUUUAG